AGGAGUUUGGCACCGCCCCCUCUUUCAGUCUGUCAUUAUUCAACCACUUAAGCCAUCCAGCAGGAGUCUGAGCUCUACUGAUGUGUGUUCAUUUAUCCAUCCUACUGAGUUGUGUUGUUGUGUGUUGCUACUAGUGGAGUUGCUGCUGCUGCUGUUGCUGCUGAGCAUGUGCUCUGCUGCGCCUCAUGACAGAAGGGAAGCUUUCCUUCUGGACACAGGUUGUGGGCAUGGAAAACUGAGCGCACGACUCCGUCUUAAAAGGUAAGAAUGCACUUCAGCUUAAAGAUUCGCGCAUUUAUGAAGAUACAAGAGAUGAUUUUAGUGAUUUCUGUCUUAAACACAUUUUGUUGGUGAGUUAUGCAGCAGCUUGACGACCCUUUUGCGCGCAGGUAGCUGAUACGAAUGCGGAUCAUGAACUUAUCUCCUCAGUUUGGAAAGGCAGUUCUUCAUUUUGCGCCAAACAGGUGGGCUCUUACACUACCGAAACCAAGAGAGCUAGUUAAAGUUUUGGAAAUGCCUUUGUUGAACUUUUACGCAGCUCAUUUAAAUCACAUUGUAUCAUUGAAUCGUCUCCUACCUUUACAGUCUUGGAAAAACCUUGAUGGCGUUUUACGUUGAAUUCAGCAUGAUGUGUGGAUAUGACAGUGGGUACUUGUGUUGUUUUCGUGCAGUGGCACAGCGAGGUGUGCCGUUUGGCUCACAGAGGUCCAAGAACUAUCGAUCCAGUGGUGGAAUCUGAGUUUUAUUAGCAUCCAUGGGCUGCAUGUGGGAGUAGGUGCUUGACACGGUAACGGACUCUGAAGGCUGUGUGGUUCUCCCACGCUCCUCUGGGAGUCCUCACUGCAGUCCACUGGUAACAUCAUCUCGCUGUGCUUUCUGUGCGUCAACGCCUGACUGUUUUUUUGUUUAAGGUUUGCUUUCAGUGCCAAGAGGCGAAGGGGCCAAACAGUACUGAAAAUUUAUUUCAAAUAUCUCAAGUACUUCUCCCAAUUUUCUCCAAAGCUCAUAGAAAUUAUGACUAACUCUCUGUGCUCAUGGUUUUCAUGAGAAAUUCAUAGAAAUCAACUUAAAUUCAGUUAUUUGAAUAACAUUGUGUUGAGGGGGACAAGUAUAAAGCAGAGGAAAUACAACAUGUAGGAAUGGUGCCUUGUAAUUGAGAAGCACUCCGUGUUUUACCCUGAAAGAAUUUCCUGCUUACUUUGAUAUAUUUCCCCCUAAAUUUGGGUGUACCAAACCAGUCACUGUUUAUCUACCCAAUGUAAUGGGUGAAGAAGUAACUUUAAAAUGAAAUAUGCUAAUUGUCUGCUUUCAGUUUGUUAUCUUUACUAGCUGGUUUUCAUAUUCAUUGGCUGUAAUUCCAACCCUUGUUCUGGUCCUGAACAGUUGAUUUCUACACAAAGUCAACACCACCUUUCACUGUUUCUUCCCAACUCUGACUUUAGCCCGUGUACAUCUAAAAUGGGCUAUUUUACACAUCCUGUGUUAGGCAUUUUCUCCCAAAGAACGUUUGUGUCACAGUGAACAAAAACCAAACAGAGACACAAACUAAAGGAAAAAUGAAGACUGUAAAAGUGAAACUAAAUGCCGUUUUACUCGGCAGGCGAGAUGAGGAGUAACAGAAACAGGGAGGGGGUUGGAUGAGAGAAUGUGGAGGUGGAGGAAAGCAAAGUGAAAAAGGGAGAAGUCUUGAUGAAAGUGUUGGGGUCUGAGCUGUGUCUCCUCACUGCUGUGCCUGUGUUCUCCUGUGGACGGCUUUGAUAGUGAACAUAAAGAAAGGCAAAUCCUGCUGAACACACACAGACAGACAGAUAGACAGUGUCUUUAUGUAAGACAAGGUACAUAUUCAUCCCUGCCCUGUCUUGCUGGCUCCGGUUCACAACUAAAUUGAUAGAUUUUCUGCUAAUUGUCUCCUCCUGUCGUUAAGUAAACUCAUCAAUUAUCACUAAUUGGCCUUUUAUGCAGAAUCUGUCAGCUGUCACCUGCAAAGUACAUCUUUAUUUCUGUCUCUAUUUCUUCUUUCCCACCCUUUUUUCUUUCCUCUCUCCUCGCCAUACUCGGGUUUUCAAUAGCUAUAUUUUUCUGGGCAAUAAAUAAUUCAGGUAACAGGACAUCACAAAGGACCUUAGCGAGAGCCAAGGUGCUUCGCUCAAACUGAAUUGCUUGGUGUUCGUAGAUUCUGUCUGAAUAAUGGAUUUGUUUCCCAAUACUGAGUGUACUCUGGUCAAUGGAUAAGGUGGGAGUAGGUGCACUCUCGGUUAACUCUCAGAUUUGUCCUUGUCCUCAUUUAAAGAUAUUCAUUCAUAAAUUAAAAAUGAGCCUCCAAAAAGGCAAGGUUUGCCUCCCACUCACUGUAUUUUUUCCAUAAAAGCACUGUCUUUUCCUUCAUAUUCCUUCUUUUCACCUCUGUUAUGAAACAAGCCAAUAUAUUUAUGACUUGGACUCAAAUGAUAAUUGAAUUUCUGCAGAGAAGUGCAUAGACACCGCUUUAACAAAGGCCACAAUUAAGGGCUAUAAACUCCCUGGACAGUAAGUCAAUAAACCAAUCAGAGGGAAGCAGACCCUUGACCCUUCCUGUGAUUUCCAUGUUUUAUCUCAGUGCUCACUCUGUGGCCAGUGUGAAUGGCUGCUUUCUGUUGGUAAGAUUUGAUUUUUGUACAAAGAAUCAUGUAUGUUGUAUUAACUAGAGCCAGAAAAGUGAGUCACGGAACAAAGUCUUGAGUAUUUGAAGAGCCCCAAUCAGUCUGUGAAAUUGGAGUGCGUUUUGAUUUUCUGGCAGGGCAUUAUGAUCUCAGGGAUAAAUCAACUGUAUUGCCCCAGUGAAAGAAGAAUACCACAGACUUAAUCAUGGUAAUGUCACAACAUACAAGUCGGCAUAGAGAGCGUUACCAGCCUUGUGCAGCUCAAGGAGUCUGUGCAUUCAGUGAAAGUUUGUCAGUGUAGCUUGUUUACGUUAGCACUGAUCUGCAAAGAGAUAUUUGAUUUCUUUCAAGUAAAUGUAAAUUUACCUUGAAUUUAAUUAAAUUAACUUACCAAAAACCUACCAAGGUUGAUUGAUUAGGGUGAAGGCUUCCAUAUCAGGUGUGUUACACUCACAGUUCUGCAAUACUGACGAACACUACCAACAAAACCCCAACCCAGUGUUGGGCAUGCUGCUGGAAAUAUAGGUGUUAGACUGUAUAUUCACAGUUACUCCCACUGAAAAGUAGCUAACCCUCUAACUAUAGUAUAAAAUCAACACAUUGCCUAAGAAGGUAUUUUUUAUCAUUACUUUUUUUGCUUCAGUACCCCUGUUUAUGUACCCUGCCUCCCAUCCGAACAGUAUUUUGCUAAUUAGUUCUCUGACUCAGAUUAUGGGAAACAUUUCUUUAGUAAUGUACUUUGCAAUUAGUUUGUUGAUGAUGGUGAUUUACAAUCAAAUCCUAGCUGUUUGGAUGGAGUGGCUCCAUCUUGGUCUGCUGAGCUAUCACGAGCGGCACCUGCGUUUUAAGUGGUUUCAGGCUCUCUGGACAGCUAGCUCGCAGGCUCUUUAUGAUUGGAUUAAGCUGAUCAGCAAAGUGAGAGAAAAUAUGGGGAGGAGAGAGCACGGGAAGAGACGUGGCAAAAGGUCAAAACUGACCAACUACUGCAAUGAGUUCAGCAGCUUUUGUACAUGGGGUGCAUGCUGUAACCAGUGAACUCCUCUGGCACCGCAGCAUCUGACCGUUUGAAUACAUUUGCAUUUUUAUAACACUUGACAUGCUAGGGCUGGGCGAUAAAAUGAUAACGAUAAACAUCAAAAAAUAAUUUCCCUCAAUAUCGAUAUAAAACAUGGUCAAUAUGCUUUUCGAUAGUAGGCAUUCUGCCAUGUUUUGGUGGACUAUACGAAUAUCCGAUGAAAAGAGGACUUGCUCUGGGUCUGCUUUGCGCUGAACCAAUCAUGUGCUGAAUUAAAACCAAGUAGCAAACAACUGCGUAGUAGCAGGCUGCAGCUACACGCAACCAUAGCACUUUGACACGAGAAGCCAACAGCACUGUUGGUUAGAAAAAAAGAAAAUGAGUGCUACCCCCGCCAGAAAUGCAGAUGAAGGCUCAACAGAUGAUGACAUAGUCGACAACACUAGCGCGAAAACGUCAGUGGUGUGGAGAUAUUUUGGUUUUUUGAAGUCGGACAUGAAGCAGAGUAAUGUGCACUGCAAAUUAUGUCGAGAACAUGUUUUCGCAAAGUUGGAGAAUAACUCAAAUCUUUUUCACCACCUGAAGCAGUGCCACGUGGCAGAGCACGCACAAUAAAAAAAAGUUUACAAACCCCAAGAAGCUCAUGGUGCCUGUGUAGCCAAAACAACUGACCAUUCAGUCGGCUUUCUCUCGCACAACACCUUAGGACAAAACGUCAAAGAGACACAAAGACCUCACAGAUGCAGUAGUUUAUUGUGUUGCAAAAGACAUGCUACCAAUAAGCACUGUUAAAUUUCAUUUUUUAUAUCAUGAUAUAUAUCGAUAUCGACUGAUAUGAAAAAAAUGUAUCAUGAUAAACUUUUUCCCAUAUCACCCAGCCCUAUGACACACUAAUGCUAAAUUUGCUGUUGAGUACUUGAAGGUCAAAAUCAAGAGUUUUUGUGCUCAAGACGUACAAACAGCAGGGCGUGAGACUCAGUUGGGAAUUCUGAAUGCAACCGCUGCUUUUCUUACAUUUCAUCUGCUGGCAGAACAGAAUAAACUGUAACAUUAACAAGCCUGUAAUAUGCUUCAGGGCUGCUUUGAAUGAGACUUCUCUGUUCCAUGUAUUCAUCUCCAGCUCCAGGACCCCUCAGACUCAGCAUGUAUCCUGCUGUAUGACUGUGUGUGUUUGUGUGUGUAUGAGCAUAGUGCUAGAAGUGUGUCUCUCUCUCCAACUGUGCUGAAGAUGAGCAGUGGCCUGCGAGUGUUUUGCUCUGACAUGACAUUUUGUCUCCAUCAUGGAGCAGCGACUGGAGAAAGCGCUCACAAACAGCUUGAUGUCUCAACAGGGAGUCCGUUUACACACAUGGACAAACACACACAUACACACAGACACAAACAGGCUGGUGUGUGAUUAAGUUAAAGAGGGAGUGAACAUGCUCUUUGUCUUCAUGUAGGGUCCAGCCUGUGUUGCUGAUCCUGCCUCACACUCACACACUGGCGUGCUGAAGUUUUUUUAUUUUUGGGAGUUUUUUUUAUCCUGUAAUAGUGAAUGCAACCCCCCCCCAAAAAAAAACAAAACAAAACAAAAAAAGAACUUUUAAGUUUUAGAUCAUUACUUAAGGGGAUUAGGGCCACAUAAAGAGAAAAAAAAUUACAGGAACAAGAUUAAAGUCGAAAUUUUGAGAUUAAAAUUGAAAUACGAGAUUAUAAACUGGAAAUUAUGUCUAUGAAGUCGAAAUUUCGAGGUUAAAAAUUGAAAUUUCAUGAAAAAAAUGAAAUUUCGAGAUUAAAGUCGAAAUUGCAAGAUUAAAGUCAAUGCAAAUAAAGAAGAGAUUUCAUGAAUAAAGUAGUAAUGUUGAGAUUAAUGAUAAUGAAUCAACAGCAUUGUCGCUCGUCACUCGACAAAAGGUCCUCUGAAGAACAGUUUAUACUGUACUUUGGAAUUGAAUUAAGCAACAAUGAAAUCCUUCCCCCUUUAGCACACAAACACAGUGUGGUCAUAAGUAUUCAGACUCUGAAAAGACUGGGCCGGGGAUUCCUGCUCUCCGUAUCCACUACAAAAUUUGUCUCACAAACAGAUCCGGUAGGAAUUGGCAUACAGCGAAAAUCGUUGCCGUUCCGGAUGCAGUGGAAAUCCUGGGUGAAGCGCAGGCAAUACCGAAGCCGAGGACCCAAUGUGCUCUGGCACAUGGAUGGCUACGACAAGCCAUACAGCAUUUCAUUUCGACUUUUUUAAAUUUCGACUUUAAUCUUGAAAUUUCGACCCUAAUCUCGAAAUUGAAAUUAGAAAAAGUCAACCUCCUGUAAUUAUUUUUUUCUCUUCUUGUGGCCCUAAUCCAUUUUCAUAAAUAAUCGUUCACACUUAAUACACAACACAAAUAAGUUUGAGCAUCAAACCCAUACCUUGAUCAGUAACUUUUUUCUUGUCCUGCCGAUGUAGUGACAUCUUGACUUUCAACAGCACAACAUCACAGAAACAACAUACUUUCUUCACAGCCUGCCUCGCUUGAGAUGACAGUCUGAUUCGAUUUUCAUGCACCUUACUGCAUAACUUUGCAUGUUAAUGAAGAAAAAAAAACAGAUUUAUUUCAAACUACUCCUGAGCCUGUGAUGCUUUAUGGAGAUCUUGUCAGUGCCAGUGUGUUAUCUAAAGAGACAUGUCUGCGUAUGCUGGCCGAUUAACGCCUUGUUCCAGCUUAAUGACACACCCUAACUAAUGAUUGAAGUUAUUAGUGACUCCUGCCUGUCGUCCUACACUCUCGAUAAAAUAAAAAUGGAGAUAGAAAUACUUCAAAACGCAUGAAGAAAUGCACACAUGAAAAUCCCUCCCUCCCCCACUAAAAGUGUCCCUUUUACUUUUUAUACACGUUCUUCUGCCUGUCUAUCUUCACACUAUAGAAUCUCAUUUUGACAACCUAUUACAUCAGGUUGUCUCACAGGAACAGCAGGAUUAUCUCCUCUCCCAUACAUCUUUUAAUCUUUCUGCUGCUGCUUCUGGGAAAUACUGAUGUGACUAUAGCUGUUCAAUUAUACAUGCCAUACAGUCUCCUGUCACAUAUUCUCUGUAUUCCUGGCCCCUGAGGGGAAAGGUUGUGAAGCAUGUUUUAGAUGUGUGUGGAAAGUGAAAGCUCUGGAUGUGGUGCACCAAUGUGAGCAUUAACCCUCAGUUUCUCAGGCAUUGAUUGAAUGUUGGAUGGAAAAAAACAUCUCUGGUGUCCGAGAGUUUUAUUAUUUGUACAUCUACAAAGUGUUUUGACCAAGACUUCCCGUGGUGCUUCAGCCUGCUUUGACUUCUUAUAUUUUGUAGACUUGUUGCAUGUAAGUUGAUUCACCAGCAAGAUCAAUCAUGAAAACUGACACUGAAUGAGGAUUUUAUUUUUCAUAUACAGUAUGUCAACAAUGCAGUUUCUACCACAAGGCUACUAAAUCACUGCAAAACAGUAUUGUCUUAACUUAUGAAUCUGAAAAACUCUUAUUAAUUUAAGGUCACUGCAAAUUCAUAUCCUGCCAUAAAUACUAGGGUAUUAGGAAUUCCACAAGAUAAAUGUUUGGUAAAGACAAAAUUAAUAAUCAUGAUGUUGAUCAAAUGAUUUAAGUCUGAACUCCUAUCACAAAAAGACAAACAAACCCCUACCAGUCCUGAAACAUAGUUCAGCCUUGCAUAGGGCUGGGUGAUAUGGGAAAAAGUUUAUCACAAUAUAUAUUUUUUCAUAUCUAUAUAUAUAUCAUCAUAUAAAACAUGAAAUUUAACAGUGCUUAUUGGUAGCAUGUCUUUUACAAUACAAUAAGCUACUGCAUCUGUGAGGUCUUUGUGUCUCUGACGUUUUGUCCUAAGGCGUUGCGCUAGAGAAAGUGGAAUGAAUGGUCAGCUGUUUCGGCUGCACAAGCGCCAUGGGCUCCUUGCUCUGCAUGGGGUUUGUAACCUUUUGCAUUGCGUGUGUUCUGCCACGUGGCACUGCUUCAGGUGGUGAAAAGAUUUGAGCUAUUCUCUGACUUUGCAAGAACAUGUUCUCGACAUAAUUUGUUGAGUGCACAUUACUCUGCUUCAUGUCCGACCUCAAAAAACCAAAAUACCUCCACACCACCAAUGUUUUCGUGCCAGUGUUGUUGACGACGUCGUCAUCUGUUGAGCCUUGAUCUGCAUUUCUGUCGGGGGGAGCUCUCAUUUUCUUUUUUUCUUACUAACAGUGCUGUUUGGCUUCACGUGUUAAAGUGCUAUGGUUGUGUGUAGCUGCAGCCUGCUACUACGCAGUUGUUUGCUACUUGGUUCUAAUUCAGCACAUGAUUGGUUCAGCGUGAAGCAGACCCAGAGCAACUCCCCUUUUUAUUGGCUAUUCAUAUAGUCUACCAAAACAUGACAGAAUGCCAACUAUCAAAUAGGAUAUUGACCAUGUUUUAUAUUGAUAUUGAGGGAAAUUAAUUUUCGUUAGAUAUCGUUAUUGUUUUAUCACCCAGCCCUAGCCCCACAACAAGAUGAUGGAGAACAAGGGAGAGAAAGUUGGAGAAAGACAAGAAAGUCUUUUUAAGCUACUAUUUUUAUCAUUUUAAAUGUUUACCAGAUCGCUGGAACAAGACACAAAAGUAUCCUGGCACGACUUAAACUCUCAAACCUUAACACAUUUUUAAAGAUCUAAAUGUCAUGUAUGUGCCACGGUGCAUGCAUGUCAUCAUGCACAGAUUUGAUGCAGAAUGGACUCAUGCAAGUGCAAGGUCUAUUAUGGCUUUAGAGCAAGAGUGCUUUUUCCUUUAACGGAUCGUCAGAUAUUUCUCCCAAAGAGAGAGAGUGUUCACGGUAGUUUAGGCAGGUGUUGCUAAGACGGUUUGAGGAUUGAUUUAAUGCAUCUCCUUGAUCUUACUGGCUCUUAAUAUGUUUAGGUCUAAGUGACGUAAUUUGUUCAGGGUUAGAGAAGGUCACUCUCACAGCAUCACCUGCAGAAGUCCCUGGUGAGCUUCUUCCACUCACAGGUGAAUUAAUUAGGAAGCCAUCUUUGAAGCUACACUUGUUUGCACAUUUGAUGCUUCUGACUUAAAGCUACUCCAUCAAAGUGGUUGUUAGAAGCAUUAGAAGUCCAACUUGACCCAGCCUUGAUGUGAGCAAGACUCUUGGCUCUUCAAAGAUGGAGAGCGUCUUUACACUCUGCCUGUAGAAACAGGACAGUGUCAAACACGGCAAGGGCAGUCACGGUGCACUGUGGGUCACAGCAAGGUUUUAUUGAUUGGUUUUCCACAUGUCUGCUUCACAUGGAUGUCCAUGUGACUCCACCUUUCAUUUUAUAGAGAACCAGUUGAAGUGAACUCAUAACUCUGAAAAUGUAUGUCGCUCAAAUCCCCAUUAGCUGCUGGACCAUUCUACCACUGGAUUGCUUUUUACAAUUUUGGGAAAGAAAUCUGCCCCCUUCCUCCUGUGCUGAGCAGCAGACCCGUGCAGUCAUCAUGCAGCUUUUCACUCAGGCAAUCAUAAGCACAGUCUUCUGGGACUGAUGUGGUCUGUUGGGGACCAGAGGCAACCAGGAAACAGGCAGAGGCUCAGGGGGGGAUGACGUAAGACUCAAUCAGCAAAAAAAGCUCCCACCUCUGCUCCGUGGGGCAUCUUGUUUACCAGAGCGGCUGGCUAAGUCCUCUUUCAGCUUCCUCCCCAUCAGGCUUGUAGUCUGUUACUACUUUUACUGAACAUCUUAACUUCCAGUUAAUACCUGUCCUCCUUUUUUAUAACAAGAGUCCACUACUUCUGUCCAUUUAAAUUUCUCCAUCCUCUAUCCAAACAUCUCCUCUGCUUCUUUCCUUCUUAUCUGUACUCCUGGUUGCAAUCAGACAGUCCGCUCACGAUCCAACCAGCUGGAAACCUGCAACCUGAGCCGGGCUAAGAGGCUUCAGGGCUGCACUCGAGCACGCUUUCAAUUCUACACAGUUCCCUUUUAUUUUUUGCUGUUGCACAGUUUUUCUCCACUUUCCUCUGCCCCUCAGAUAUUUGUCCUCGCAUAACCUUUCUGUAUUAAUUACAGAUUUCAACAAGGCAUUUAUAAACAGUUGUUUUUGUUUGUUUUUGUGCUCUAGUGCUUGUCUCCAUUGAGUUAAUUUUUGACUUUUAAUUUUUGAAAACAGAAUAAAGAGGAUCAUUUUUCAUUUUCCUCCACAUACUGCUCUUGACAGAAAGAAGAAUAAGGACACGGACAAAAACCAAGACGACAUUGUUGUUUUUAUCAGUAGAAGACCAAGCUUCAUGAGCCCGUUAGAGAAAUAUCUUUAGUUUCAUCAACAGCUUGUUUGCACACAUCUCAAACAUUUAGUUUGCUGAUGAUUUUGAUCUCUUUACUUCUAAUUUAGGAUGAAAAUGAAAAGAAACCUGCCCUCCACUAGGCUAAACACAGAGAACGGAUCAAAAACCCUGGUGCUAUCAUUGAUUCUAAUCUGAGUUUUAAUGUCACACAGGAAAAGGUGACUUAAAUGCCAAAUGUUUUCAUAUCAAGAGAUGAUGCUCCUUCUUAUCUCCAGCAGAUAUUGUAUUUUCCUUCAAACAGGACAAGAUCUGAAGAAAACCAGACAGAGAGGUCAAAUUGCUCCAAUCACUGCUUUCGGGCAAAUACUUUGUAUCUCCAAGUUCUUUACAUAACCAAAACACAAGCUUUAAAAUAACCCAUUUUUUUAAAUAAAUGUUUAAAAGCAUAUUGACAGGCUUACAGGGAGAUCAGUAUAACUUUGAUUAAUGCAAAAAACAUAAAAUUAGUUAUAUGGCAAUACAAGGUUUCUGUCUGUCAGUGAUGAUUAGUUUUGUCUACUGAUGAAUUAAUUUGUCUUAUCUGUCUGGUUUUGGCAAGGAAAGUUUAAUUAUAAAACACCAUUUAUACAUGGAGCAAUUAAAAGCAGGUUACAGAGGUAAAAACUAAAUAAUAACAGAGACAUCAGUGAAGUGAAAUGCAAUACUGAGCGAAAAUAAAAUAUUAAAGCAUUAAACUUAUUAAAUUAUAAAGAAAGAAAUAUGACAUUGAGCAAAAAUAAUUAAAAGUAUUCACGUUGCCCAACUUUGGUCAUUUGCUGCAAAUAACCUUGAUUCCCUUUUUCUGACUAUUUCUUCACUUCAGGCAUUUUUAUCUAAGCUUGCUUACCUUUGUGUAAAACCAGUUUAGAUAUAUCUUGCUAUAAUUCUUUACCAUAAAAGUGCAGAUUUUGGGCGUAUUUUUCACACAUUGUGUCUGCUUUCAAAUAAACACAUCAAUUGUUAAUAAUUUGCCAGUUUUGCAGUUUUUUACAGUUUUUACAGUUUUUAUUUAUUUAUUUUUAUCUCAGCAGGAAUCUGAUUUUCAACACAGAUUGGUAUGUAGACAUUUGCUCCUCGGUAGGCCGUCUCAGAGUUUCUAACAUGUUGAAGCUCUCUAUAUUGUAGUUAUAAGACUUUAAACUCAUCAACUUUACCAUUUCUCUACUAUUGCCAAACAGGUGUCUGACGCGUCAGUACCACAGCACCUGUGUCCUCAUUAAUAUAGACCCUUGUGGUGUAGUUGUCUUGGCAACAGAAACAGGAAAAACCUGAGAGAGUCCAUCACUCAACUGGAUGUGUUGUCACCAGAGCGAAGUUGUGCAGAUGAUAGUUGAGAUCUGAUUUGUUGAUGUUCUUGUUGUUUGGUCCCCGUUUUUUUUUUUUUUUUUUUCGGUUUUACUCUCCAUGUAGAAACCCAAUGGUCUAUUCAACAGAGAGGAAGCUGUGAUUUUAAUCACUCAAUUGAUUUCCCGCAGGUGCAAUCACCGUCUAAUCAAUGAGAGACACUGCUUUACACUCAACCUUUAAUCUUCUGGAUGUCAAUACAACCGAGAGAUACUCUCUUAGUGCAUACCAAUACCAGCAGGCUCUGUGUUACUGCUGCCACAGAUAACUGUAGUAAGUGUGACACUAAAUAAGAAGACCAUGCUUCACCACCUGUUAAGAUAGGAACACUGAAGUGUAGUGUUUUCAUCAGGAAAUUUCUGUUCAGCAUGUAGAGUGUUUCUGAGACUGUUUCAAUCGCACCAAACCUGAUCCCCAGCACCAAAAUCAAGUCAAUACCUGGAUCAUCAUCAUACUCAAGAACUGCCAAAAGUAUCUAUAGGCCAGCGAAAACCCUGAAAAACAAUAACUGUAAGUCAGAGCUUUCCAGUUCUCCCAAACACAGACUAAAAAUAUGUUGUCUAGAGGUGGGAAUCACUCCUGUUUUUGCGAUACUUGGGCCAUGAUACAAUAUUAUUGCAUUUUUUAACAUUUUGCGAUACAGCGAGUAUUGCGAUAAAAUAUAUUGCGAGUUAUACAUUUUUUCAACUGCUAAUUUUGCAUUUGGCUUUCCUUUAUGUUUGUCUUUUUUACACAGUUUUUUAUUUUCAUGUCGAACAUCUUGGAAACCUUGUAUAUAUUUGUUGUACUAACUUUCUCCUGCUCUAUGAUGUCACCUCUGCCAACCUCACUUGACAAACAGUUGGUUUUAUUUUUCCAUUAUCAGAGAUUUGACUUCAUAUUAACAAUUAAUUUGAAAAAAAUCGAUACUUGGUAAAUGAGAUGACAUGAUAUAUCACCAGACAAAAUAUCGCAAUAGUAUACCAUAUUAAGUUUUUUUCCCGCCCCUAAUUUUGUCUAAAGGUUAUUUUAGAUAUUUUAUCCUGCUGAUUCAAAUUUUAAAAAGUGAGUCAUGCUUAUUGUGAGAAACAGAAGAUCACUUCACACUAUCAAAGUGUCUUCACAUAGUGAAUCUGCUGUCCAUGUCCAUAUUGUCAUUGAAUACUCCUGACCAAUACAAAUAAAAUUGCAGGUGCUACAUGUUCUUUUUCAGAGUCUUAAAUCUUUUUUGGUAAAUGAGCUCAUUUCCUUUCAGAUGUUAAUAAUGUUUGCACAGGUUCUCAUUGGUAUAAAGAUCAAAAAGGUGGUUACAAAAAAAUAGCUGGGCUUAUUAAAAACUUAAAGAAACAGCUACUACCAAAAACUACAAUACCGUUACUUUUUGCCCUUAGAGACUUAUUAGAGAAUUUAAUCUACUUGGUUUCACUCCAAAAGAAAAUAUCUUCAAACAUCCAAAAGUCUGAUUUCAUUUUAAUUGUAGGGAAUAAGACAUUUUCUAGUGAGCAUAUGGCACCCUAUACUGGCAAUGAUGAAGUGUUAUCAAUAUGUUUUCUGGGUAUUCAGAUUGAGCGUGAGCUUUUGUGGGGAAAACAGGUUGGCUUUGUCUGCAGAAAGAUCACUUAAUCUCUUGGGUUUUGAAUAAAAACUAAGGGUCUUUUUAAAAAAAAAAAAUACAAGCAUGUCACACUAUGGAGAUUUUCACUUUAUUAGUCAAGAACAAAAACUGCCGAACAUUAAUCACAAUCAAUCAGACACAAGAGACCUUACGUUAUUCCUGUUUUUUUUUUUUAAGUAUAAUGCUUGUUUUCAUUCAUAAAGGUUUUUUUCUUUUUUUUCUUUUAUAAUUGCACAUCAUCUGUUUACUCUGAUAUUUGUUUUUUUCUUGUACAAUCCCGUGUGUUUUCUCAACAAAGUUGCAUAUUGGGAUCUUAAAAAGUACCUUUAAGUUUGGCUGAAACGAGCUGCUUCCCCCCUGACUCUUGCCACUCUUGUUACACAAAGUUAAACUCCUCCUGCACUCUUUAGUUUAACCACAUUUCUGAAAUAAGAUUAAUAAUUAUUUUAAUGUGUUUAAUGUGCUUUAUUAGAACUAAAAGAAGUUUUGUCUGCAAGAUAAAUGUGAGUUAGAGGGUAUUUUGUUUAUAUAAUCAUAAUCAGAUCAAAGUUUUAGUUAUUUUGUCAAAGAGUUUUAGAAAACAAAUCCACUGUUUAGAAAAUCCCUCAGACACUUUCCAGAUACUUUUUGUAGAAGGUAUUUUUAAUAAAUCCCAUCAUCUGCCUCAUCUGGCAGAGCAGUGAUCGUGACCAGCCUCUGUUAUUCUCCGGAUGCUGUUUUUACUGAUCCACUGAGAGAGCGCUGUUGAUACCCUGCCAGUCUGAUAACUGAGAUUCAAUUAAUUUGCUUGUUCUCGUGAGCUCCGGCCCGCAGCAGUGAUGGCCUGUUGUGGCAGGCUGCAGUUCUGACAGCUUGUGAGCAGGUUUAAGGCUGAAACUGCGCCAAAAUAGAAAUGAGAGAUUCUGAAAGGAGACGGAUUGACGGCUCGAUUGAUGUAAAAUGCAGCACCCAGUAUAUAAUACUAUAUAUAAUACUGGCUGCUUUUCUGACUUGCAGUCCAUACUCAGGUUGACAUUUGUGACGUUUGAUAAGACUGAAAACCUCUUUUGAUUCUCAUUUUGUCAAUUUCUUAACUGCGUUGUGCUCCUGUCUCCCCAGAGCUGUUUUUCAUCCCUGCAUCAUGGACGCUCAGCCUGGUGCAUCAUGGGGGCUCAUCAACAGACUGACAGACACAAUAUAUGAGGGCUGAGAGGUCGUCAUGGAGACUGAUAGCUACACCAUGAGUCCUGCCACCAAGGGCUGGGUUGGGUCAGUGGCCAGCCUGGAGGGACUGGGAGUCCCACUGGACCAGGACGGGGGGGACUCGACCAGUAGUCCCAUGUCCUGGUACAUGCCGUACUCUCUGGGUUUCCAGGUGUCACUCACCGCCUUCCUCAUGUUGGAGCUGGUGUUGGGUUUUAGCAGUAACCUGACGGUAUUGGUGCUUUACUGCUCUCAAUCCAACUUAGUGGACUCUGUGAGCAACAUGGUGACGGUGAAUCUGCAUGUGCUGGAUGUGGCGGUUUGUGUGCUGUGUCUGCCGCUUACUCUGGUGGUCGUGCUGCUGCCUCCAGGACCAAACCUGGGCCUGCUCUGCUGCUUCCAUGAGGCCUGUGUCACCUUUGCCAGCAUUGCCACAGCUAUCAACAUCCUAGUCAUCAGUUUGGACCGGUAUGACAUCUCAGUACGGCCCGCAAACAGGCUGCUGACCACACGUAGAGCAACACUGCUCCUGGCUGCUGUUUGGGUCACCUCUGUGGCUGUAUUUUUUAUUCCUUUCUUGGAGGUGCAGUGGUAUGAGAAAGAUGGAGCAGAUGAGAAAGGACAGGAGACAUCCCAGCCUCUUCGUGGCUUCAGUGCCACAGUGGUGCCAGCAUGGCACAACCGGACUCUGCUGUGUGUUGGUGGGCAGGGUUACCACACGAGCCUGGGCAUGUAUUACCAUCUCCUCCUGCAGGUACCAAUCUUCUUUACCACAGUGGCAGUCAUGCUGUUCACCUAUUCCAAAAUACUAAGGGCUCUGAAUAUCCGGAUUGGUUCUCACAUGAAAAAGAACCAGCGGUUCAGAGGCCCCUCCUGCCAGGGGCACCACAAGAAAGAGAAAAAGAAGAAGGCAGGGCUCAGAAUGAACGAUGAUGGGCAAGUACGAGGAGAGCAAUGCACAGUGGAUAGUACCAAACAGCUCAGCCAUCCUCCUCUCAUCCCCUCACCUUCCCCCACCCCCACAGCUACCUCCCCUCCUGCCCUGUCCUCCACUGCCCCAUUAAUGACCUCAGAUUUAGGUGCUGCCACCCCUUUGCCCACCACCAUGGGUGUCCAUGCCUCUGUGUCAGCCAUCAUUGCCCUGAGGCGGGCAGUGCGUAGGCACAGGGAUCGCAGGGAGCGGCAGAGGCGGGUGUUCAGGAUUUCCCUCAUCAUUAUCAGCACCUACCUGGGUUGUUGGGCUCCCCUCUCUGCAACAAAUGUACUGAUCCUGGGCCUCGGCCCCAGCGACACCCUGGUCAGUGUGCGACUCUGGUUCCUGGCCCUGGCUUAUGGCACCACUGUGUCCCACCCUCUGCUCUAUGCCUUCACCCGGCAGAAGUUGCGCCGUGCCCUUCGUUCAAAAGUCAAGAAGAGAGUGGUCUCCUUGCUGCAGGUAGAUCCCUCACCGGGGGGCACAGUCAUUCACAACUCCUGGGUGGAGAACAGAAAAACAAGCCGGCAGGUGCGGCUGGAAGCAAGUGAAGGGACUGACCGCUGCCUGGCAGAGGUCCUGUGAGACUGACUCACAUGAGCACAGCGAUAAUAAUUAAAAUCCAGAAAUGAGUCACAGGUGCGUUCCAUUAUGAAACCCACUGGUGCAUAAAGCAAGUAUAUGGAAUGUGAACAACACAUUUCUACCUCUGGGAGAUGUUUUAAUAAAACCAGCAGCAUGAUAAUGCUUAACACAGCUAACAUUCACCUCAGGCAGCAGUGAGCUGUUAUCACUGUGGUGAGCACAGCCCUUAAUUGACAUGACCAUACAGAAAUUAAACAAAAGUGUAAAUAAUUCACACUCUGCCGUGUAGGGAAGUCUGUUUACAUGUGGAGUUGUAUAAUAAAGCACUUCUCACAGCAGUGCUUAUCUAACAACUCCAAAGAAUGUGUUUAGCAGCAUGUGAUCUGCAACAGGCACAAAUGCUCCAAGGCAGCUUUACAGAAAUAUCGUCUUAUACACUUGUAUACUUCUGGUAUUCAUCUCUAGAAACACUUUGUUUAAUGUGUAUAAUAUUGUCUCUGCCUUAAUUCUGCUUUGAAAGCUUCACUAGAUAUCAGGUAAUGUAUUCAAAACCUAAGUAUGAACGUGUUGGAUCCACCACAGUGAGCAGUAGGAGAUAUAAAUCGGUUUGGGAGACUUUGUCCCAUUAGACAGUUAAAUGUUGCUGUAAUUUAAAAUACAAUUUUGCUUUGGAGAAGUUACAAUUAAAAAGUUAAUGUUAUUGUGUCAAAGCUCCUUCGUAGACGUGUGUCCUGUUUCCUUUAUUUCUAAAAGGAUGUCAGUUCACUCUGAUGUUGUGCUUGUCCUGCAUGUAAAAAAAGUUCGACUAAUGUUGAAAAAAAUUACUUGAACAUUUGAAGGAAUAGGCUCAUAUACUUUCUUGCUGAAAAUAAAAAAUAUCAAUACAUGAUAGUGAUGUCCAGAUGGCAAAUAUGGAGCUUUGGUCAAAACGCUAAGCUUUGCACCACACAAUUAAAAAACCAGGAUACAGCAGCUGAAAUGGAUGAAACAAACAGUAAAUGUUUUCUUUCAAAGCCAGUCCAAUAGUUUUACUUUUUCAACUUGUUAUGUGAGGCAAAGUACUAAUUAGUUUCUGACGUAAGUCUUAUAUUACAAUGUAAUUUAGCUGAGAUUAUAGAGAUCAGAGCACUAGCAAACAUCUGACCUGUGCAAGAAGACAAAUGAUCAACCGAAUUUUGGAAAGCUAGUUGUAGUGGCACUUGAAAGUGAACAUGAGACAAAAAAAGAAAACUUUUCAUUAUGCAGUACGGUCCAUUGCCAAAAUCUGUCGUCUCAAAAAAUACAAAAUUACGGCAUAACACUCAGCAUCUGAGAGAGUAUUUAUCACACUGGUCUUCUGUUUUUGGGCUACAUUAUCAAAGAUGUCUUGGUGGUUCAGUUAGAGCAGUGGUUCUCAAUCCAGUCCUCGAGCCCCCCCUGUCCUGCAUGUUUUGGAUGUUUCCCUGCUCCAACACACCUGAUUCAAAUGAUCAGCUCGUUAUUAAGCCAUUACAGAGCUUGAUAAAGAGCUGAUCAUUUGAAUCAGGUGUGUUGGAGCAGGGAAACAUCCAAAACAUGCAGGACAGUGGACCUCGAGGACUGGACUUGAGAACCACUGAGUUAGAGGCUUAUGCUGAAAGCAUAUUGUCUUUUGAAAACAUGUAUGUAUAUGCUGUAAAUACUGACUAGAAGUAGAGUUAGUACUCAAGAGAUUUAUUGGUCUGUGAGGUUUACAUGGGCCAACUAAACUUUUGUAUCCAGUAAACACUAGAUGGACAACCCUACUUGAUGGAAACACUGACAGAAAGGUGUUGACUUUGUUCUACCUGGUUUUAUGUUCACCGCUUUGAUUCGGCACCAAGAGUAAAGCUUAUUUCAGAAGAAAUGUGAAUUUUAAUCACAUAGACAUGCACAAAAAAAAACCAAAAACGUUUUAGAAUGUCAACACACUUAAAAGGUAUAUUACUGUAAUUAAUGUACACCAGCAACAUGUUAUAUUAGUUUUUUUUUUAUGGUGGUGUUUUAUGUGAAUGUAUCACCAUGCAGCACUGGAGUGUGUAAAUAAAUAUACCAUACUAAGACCUGGAUGUAGCUUCAUUUCUUCUGUGUCUGUGUGAUUUGGUAGGGGGCUGUCAGCUCUGAUGUAUUACAUCGUGUAUUUCUGACCACAACGCCUGAGGCCUGAAAUUCCCCUGGACUCUAUGAAGCUAAAAGCCUUGGCUCUGGGUGCAGCUGUGAUAACUGCCUUUUUUCCAUUAAGGAAUUGACUUGGGGAAAACCUGCUGUGAUAAGAACAGCAUGAGAUCUAUGUACAGCUCUGUAGAGCUCAUAUGGAAAAAUAAAAGUGACACAGAAAACACAGAAGUCCACCAAGACACAAUGAUACACGUUGACAUGAAACAUACAUCAGGUAGACGGUUAUGAAAUUGGUCUCUGCUCAACAAAGACUGCAUACAAAGCAGCAAGUGAUGUAGUGAGCAGGUAGUAAUAAGGGAUAAUUUUAGCAUUGUCCUGUCACUGUUAACAAGGGAAAGUAAACUUAACAGAACCCUUGCAUUCUCUGAUGAGAAAGCCAUUCUCUGCCACUUCUGUAGGUGCAGCCAUGUUUACCAUGAGUCCCCAUCGGUGGGCCCAAAACCUGUUCAACACCUGUGCACACUCUCCGUCAAACCAGACCCCUCCACUGAACCAUAUUGCACGCUCUAGUUGAAGCCUAUCAGCAUGAUUUUCUAAAACUUGCGUGGGUUUUCAGUUGCGUGGGAGGGAAGCGCUUCAGACCUCUGCGGUAUGGGAAAAGGUCGUUUAUGUGGGAUGGAGCCUGCAGGGGAAAGAAGAAACGAGAGCAACACGGGCAGUGCUUCCACUUUUCAUGAUUGUUUUGCAUUUCUGUGUUACCUUCAUUUACUAUGAAAUUAUACCUGAUGUACAUUUUUAUUUAUUAUCAAGUUAUUCCUGUCGUACGUUUUUAUUUUUCUAUUGUAUUUUCUUUCAUUUUAUUUUAUUUUUGCAAAAUUGUUCAAUAUAAAUCACAGAUCAUUUCGUGAAACCCACUAGAGACCUCUAGCGAUAAUAUGUGAUAUAGCACAUCGGUGCACGUCACGCCGAAAUAGCUCAGUUGGGAGAGCGUUAGACUGAAGAUCUAAAGGUCCCUGGUUCGAUCCCGGGUUUCGGCAGACGGGUGGACCGCUUUUGAUGCCUAUCUCUUGUUCAGAAUCCCAGCUUCACUUCAGUUUUAAACCUGAGUGCUUCUAGUGACCUGUUAAACCUUUUCGGAUAUAGGCAACAUUUGCAACUGAACAAAAGAUCUUCACUAUUUAUUUCAGUUUUUCUGCACAUUGCUAACUUUACAAUCGAAAUUUGACCCGAGAGCAGACAUAACUCUGAACACGAUCUUAGAACCUGUUGUAGUGUUACCGUGGUGCAUGUCUUUCAUUGGACCGCCCUCUUGUGUGUGCAGUCUGAAGUGCAAGGCUCUCUAAAAAGAGAACAGAGUAGCUCAACUGUGUGAGGCUAUGAUGCAAGACCUCCACAGGUCUCUGAUGUAAACCUGUUUUUGGUCACGAUUACAAAUUCAUUCAGUCACUGCGAAUGGAAUAGCAGUUCUCGCCCCCUCUUACCCCUCUGAUAACAUAAACAAUAGUCAACAUAGUCAAUAUUAAAGUAGCAGGUGUUCACAGAAUGUCACAUCUUUAACAGGGAACUUCACAAUGCGACCUCAUGUGGCGAUAGAUUGAAAUUGCAUUUUUAAUGCUCUCACAGCCGAAAUAGCUCAGUUGGGAGAGCGUUAGACUGAAGAUCUAAAGGUCCCUGGUUCGAUCCCGGGUUUCGGCAGACGACAGUGGUGUCUUUUGGCUGCGACCACGUGUGUCUAUACAAGAAGAAGAAAUAACAAAAAAACCCACAUGCAUCAAAAUCCAUUAUAAUUAGGGCCACGGUAACAGAGAUGCUUUUUGCCUCCCUUCGACAAAAAUGCCUUAGGAGGAAUAAUUUGCGACCAAACGGCGGAAAAAUUUAAAAUUUUGCACUGAGGUCAAAGGGAUCAAUCAUUGGGACUCAGCUCUCUCAGUAAGUGACUUAUUGUGCACUGAAAGUAUCCUAUUAUUGUUGUGUGUGUGUGUGUGUGUGUGUGUGUGUGUGUGUGUGUGUGUGUGUGUGUGUGUGUGUGUGUGUGUUUGAAUUCAAGCCUGUUGGGUUUAAAUUUAGGAUGAAAGAUAAUGCAAGCAAAAACUUUUUUGUUAAUUCUGUUAGGGUUGUUUUAGUGAGUGAAUUUUUGGUGUUUUCUGAUAUUUCAUGCAAAUUAAAUGCUGUUCAGGAUGCUUUUUAGCGGGCAUGCCUUAACAUCUGGUUGAUGGCUGGCAAACAUGAAGUUAGUGCAGAUUGCAGUUCACCUAUAGAAAAACUGUAUUAUCUCACAGCUCUGGAUAUGUUUUUAUGUAGUUUAUUGCAUUAUAUUUUAUAUAGUGCCGACUGUAAUGAAAACACAGUUUUAUUUCCUGACAUGUGCAAACAGAAAAGAUUCAAUAUGUGCAUGUGAAAUAUAUGAACAAAUAAUAUUGAAACAGUCAUUAGGCCUCUGUUUUGCAUGGGGAAACAUGAAGCAUGUAAGCAGGAAAAAGUAAACAAUAAAUAAAUGAAAUAUCACUGAAAAAAUAUUACAUUUGACAAAUCCAAACCAUUGAUCUUUUUACAAUAAAGACCCAAGAGGAGAAAAAGGUGUGAGAGUGCAUUCAUAGGAUUUGUGAAAGUAUUAGUAAUGAGGAUAUUCAGCAGUAAAAAAGGCAUUUUUGUAUUAAAUUUGAUUGUUUGGUAACAAUAGUUUUGAGUAUCAAUUGUAAACAAAGACAUGAAGAUGUAAGAAAACAAAGACGGGAAAAAAAGACAUGGUUAUUGAUCAAAGUCAAUUGGACUUUAAAUUGAGAUAAAUGUAAUAACCUAAUGCUGUCUAUUUAUGUCAUAAUGAGUGUCUUCAGGUUUUUGUUUGCAUUACCAGUGCUAAAGUAUCAGUAAUAUUGUGAAGUUACAAGGGUGGAUUAAAGGGGUUUAUUGCAUAUUUGUUAAAUAUGGUUAGUCAAAAAGAUAAAAUGAUUAAAGCUGAAAGGUUUCCAAUUACAAAACGAAUUAAAAAUGUAAAAAGCAGGCUGUGGUGCUUGAGGAAAAAGGAUAAAAAAAGAGUCCACAAAAAGACACACAUUCAAUUCUCACACACUUCCUGUGUUUUAUUUUUAAAGCCAGACAUCGGAUUAUGCCAGCAGCACCUCAGCAAGACUGUGGCAGGUUUACAGGACCUCCUGUGGUACAUUUGCAGGGUUCUGGCUAUUUAAGCUGCUCCGGUCUGUCUGAAUGCCAACUGAGACGUGUAGAGGCAAGAGAGCCACGAUCCAAGAGAGCAGGUCCAGGCCACGGGGCACCUAACAGGUCAGGGAUUUGCGUCAUACCCAUUGAAACCUGAAUGAAUAACCAACCAGCC